AUGCGGAAAGCCAUGAAUGUGAUGGGCCUGCGGAAACAUGCGCCGCAGCCGCCAGCGGCUGGCAUGGACCCACCGCCGCCCAUGAGGCCCGCUGUGCUUCCGCAGGAAGAGCGCUCAUGGACGUCGCAGCCGUCCCGUACUGAGUCGAGUUACUCGGAGGAGUACGAUCCGUACGAUGAAGACAUGUCUGAGUCUGCCACCUACGAUGACGAGCCGUAUUCAGAAGUGACGGGCUACGAUGACGAGCCGUACUCCGAGCUGACGGGCUACGAUGAUGAGCCGUACUCGGAAGCGGCUACCUACGAUGACGAGCCGUACUCGGAGGAGACAGACUACGACGAAGAGCCCUAUUCUGACAUGACAGGCUACGAUGACGAGUAUACCGAGCGCGACUCGAUCGAGACGCUUGGCACGAAUGCCUCUGCUGCGUAUGUGGACCACGAGUACUCGGACCCAUACGAAGAUGAGUAUACCAGUGACGAUACCGCCUCGGACGGCACACCCCGUGCCAUCUCGGAAGCGCCGGGGGGCGCUACCAAGGGACCCAAGGACGCGGGUACGAUGCGGACCGACAUGCCACGGCCUGCCGAAGUGCCUGUGCCGCCACCCGUUCCUGUGGCUGCGGAGAAGAAGAGCGGCUUUCUUCCCGGCCUGCGUCGAAAGCUGCCCGGGAAAGACGUGCCGCAGAAAACGUCGCUGCUGCAUCGUCUGCCCAUCCUGGGUCAGCGCAGCAAACGCCCUACCACCGAUCCUGCUUCUCCGCGCCUCGCCAUGGCGGAGAGCCACGAUCCUGCCUAUGAUCUAGGCCAAGAUGCCGACGCGGCUAUUGGCAAGAGUGCUCUUCAAACAUCGCCCCCCAUGGGUGGUGCGAGAGUGCUGGGCGAGACGGAGCCCCCUGCUAUGCGUUCAGACAUGGCGCCACGUCGCGCCGGCCCACCUGCUUCGCGGACCAUGUCUCCGCGCCGCGCAUCGCCCUCGCUCCUCUCAGCCAAAGCGCCCGGCGAUCCGCAGCCUGUCUCCCUCGUCGCAGAGCGCCCACCUGACGCCGGCUUGGCUCCGCGUUCCGCGACGUCGGCUCCUUAUCCCAUACCUACGCGUCCCGCACAGGCGCGCCACGUAUCUGCGCCGUCCACGCCGCGGACAGACGACAUGAGUGUCGCCACCGAGCGCGUGAGCACACCUGGUCGUGACAGCUACGACUCGGCCAUGCCCGCUGCCACGCCCGUACGGCCAGCGCAGCGAUCACGCGCGGAUCAUGUGCUGGAGACGCGGUCGGGUGCCGCACCGUACGCCCGCCCGCACGCGUAUGCGAAUCACGCCGUCCUGCGCGACGAGCCCAGUGGCCGCCGUCCCGAGUUGAUCGACCCCUUUGUUGAGGAGCGCGCGCUCGACCGCCUUGUGCGUCCCGUCUCGCGCCCAGAAAGCAUCGAGCCGAGUCUCUUUGACGAAGAGGCUGUAUCUGGUCAGCCUUCGAGUCCGCUCAUGCCUCGCUCGGGGCCGCUCAGCGGCCAGCGCGUGUCAGACGGGUGGGAUGUGCCGCCUCUUUCUCGCCAUGCACCGACGGCCUCGGCGAGCUCGGGCGACUUUUUCUCGGUGCGCAGCGGCACGCCCAUCCCCGGCCGUGGUGAGUCGCGCCGCCCGCGGCGUGGCACGUCUGCCACCCACCUGCCGAAGAAAGCGAGAGCGCCACCGCCGCAGAGAUUUCGCGACUUGGAGCACAAGGUGCCGACCUCGCGCUCUCCUGCGCAGCCGCGCACGCAGCUCGCUCGCGAUGCCCGCAAGUACCUGCUGACGCCAUCCGUUGCGCCGACAGACACGGAAACGGAGACGGAGGACCAGGCACAGGAGCGACGUCGUGGCAAGGCCAAGGCGGCGCACCAACCGUGGCUUGUGCGUGACUUGGCACCUGAGCAGGUGCACUACUUUUUGCGCGAGAUGGUGAGCAAGGAACUGACCUGGGAGAGCGAGCGCCUCUUUGCGAUGCGGUCCCUGGAGCGCCCACAGGACUCGCGCCGCGCUGCCUCGGCGCCGGACUCGGAGACCGAUUCGCGCGCGGACGACUUUGGCGAUACGGAAUUCGACGACGACGAAGACAUCUUCCGCCGCGACGUGUAUGAUCCCGAGACGCCGCCGAUCGAUCUGCCGCUCAUGCGCUUCUUGCUGCGCAACGUGCUGUGUACGUGCCCACUCUUUGUGCCGCCGCCGCCUGCCAAGCAUGGCCCGCCGCCGCCCAGCAAGGCAGCCAUGGGGCGCAGGUACUUUUUCACCGCCGUGGCGCCGAUCCUGCGCGAAGUGCAGGCUCGGUCUCUGAGCGCGGGCAUCGACCGUCGUGGCGAGACGGACGGCAUGCCCUUUAUGGCCCAGUCGUUCCUCUCGUCGGUAGCGGGUCUCUUGCACAAAUGGGCGACGCGGUACAUGGUCGCCGUGCUGCGCGUCGGGCCCGGCAACCCGUACUACCCCAACGAACUCGUGCACAGCCGCUCGUGGCCAUGGCCCCAUGCCAAGCUUUUGCCGCCUGAGGCGUUCGUGUGCUACCGCCGACCGACUGACCGCCUGCGCGCGGGCGGCUUUGAAGUCGAUAUCGUGGCUGUUCGUGAGCACGCGCACCGCGAGCGCGACUUUGUCCUGCGUAUCCGCCGCCCGAAUCGCAUGGACGAGUUUGUCGUGCGCAACGACCGCGACUGGGAAGAGUUCCGCGCCAGGCUGGCUCAUGAGCUCGGCCCGUACGUUCACGUACGUCCGCUGCCUCGCCUGCCUGGCCGCCCGCCGUCGACGGCGACGCUUUCGACGCCGUCCGGCUCGGAUACGGAGGCCCAGUCGUACACGUCGAGCUACCUGUCCACGACGGGCACGGACCAUGACGCGUCGUCGUACAUGACGCGGCCAAGUGACGACGACGACGACGCGUCCGUGCCAGACGGCCGCGCUCCGCCGCCGGGCUUGACGGCGACCGAGAUCCUCCAGCCCCUCUAUGGCGCACGAGCCCGCUCCAUGCCGCGCUUCGAGGUCGAUCGCCGUCUACUGCGCUCGUGGAUGCGCGAUACGCUGGCCAUCCGCAGCGUAUGCGAAAGCAGCGAAGUGCGCGCUUUCCUCAGUAUUGGAUGCUUUCACGAUCGCGAGCUCGAUACGGAUGAACUGCUCAACAUUGCCGAGCGACGCCGCGUCGACGGCCGCCGCAUCGAAGAGCGUGAAAAGGACGCCGAGAUGGCCGGCGAGACGGUGCUCAGUAUGCGCCGGGUGCAAAUGCGCAUCUGGCUCGACUGUGUCGAGGGCGACGGCUUCCUCAAGAUGUACGACGCGCUCAAAGCGACGCCGACGUUCGCCGAGCUGCCGUCGUCGUACCAGAUGAUGGUCUCCUGGGGCCACUUGCAGGCUGCGCGCUUUCUGUACGGCGUCUUUGUACAGAGCGACCAGUCGCGUGCGAACCUCUUGCGCGUGCGCGACGUCGUAGACGCUGUGCCGUGGCGCAAGCUCGCCCAUGCCAUGCGGCUGCCCGUGAUGCAAUGCGUGGCUGAAUGGCAGAAGCAGUUCCUGCGCAACAAGUUUCUCCAGUCGAUCCUCGAGAUCGCGUUUGAGGACAACCCCGUCGCCAUGGACGAUGAAUUGCGGGCGCUGCAGCAGGACAUUGGAUCGGACACGAUGAUCCGCAAGCUGCGCAUGUUUGUCGACAGCCCCGGGGACUUUAAGCGACUCGUCCGACAGCACGCACACAAGGCUCGUAUCCCGCUCGUCGCUGCGAUCGUGCGUGGCUCAGAUGCGCCCAAGCUCAGCAAAGUCGAAGUGCAGCGCGUCAUGUCUGCCUCGCGAGAAUAUACCGAGUUUCUCGCGACGCAUCCGAAUGCCCUGCGCAAAAAGACCCACACUGGUCCGGGCUACAUGCUCAUCAUUCACCUACAGCGCGUUCUGCGUCUCUACUCGCUGCACCGCGACGUGGCGCAGAUUCGUGGCAUGCUGCAAGACCCUGCGAUCCUCGAUGCCCUCACGGUGCUCUUCGAGCCGUUCCUGGAGGCCCUCGUGCGCAUGCACCGCAUCAAGGGCAUCCGCGAAGACAUUCAGCACCUGCACGUGUUCCUCCUGCGUCUCUUGGACCUGCUCGAGAGCCUGCGCGCGCGCGUGCAAGACCCAGCUCGCUCGAUCAAUACACUCGCUUCAUUCCUCGAUCGCGGCGCGCCCGCCUGGUACGACUUCCUGCAUCGCUGGUCCCACGUGGAUCCGUUCGUCUUCUCGACGUUCGCCUGGCUCCGCCACAUGGCGCUUACCAUCGGCGCGGGCUCCGACGACCUCGCGAGCAUUUGGACGCCGCCGGCCUCGGCCAUGCAGGACACGGACGAUGUCGGGCAGGUGGUCGACGCGCUCGAAUCGACCCACCUGGCCACGCCCGACGCGCCCCCUGACCAUGCCCCCCCGCCAGAGUGCAAGGUGGGCGCCUCGCUGCGCGCCGAAAUCGAAGGACUCGCAGAGGCCGCGCGUCGUAAGCGCGGCCGCCAAAUGGAAAUCGCGAGUCGCUGGGCCGCCGGCGAUACCGAAGCCGACUUUAGUAUCCAAGUGUUCGGCGAUGGCGAGGGCCGUAUGCGCCGCGAUCCAUUCCUGCCCAAGGAGCCACUACCCGCGCCGCCCACCGACAACCUAUCCCGUCUCCUCUGCAGCUUCCGCGAAGCUGUGUCCAGCGCCCUCUAUCGUUAA